AUGGCUACAGCGUCGUCCGCUUCUCACUCUUACGAGCAUCUUCUACCGCCGAGUUGGAAACCGCAGGUGACGGCCUGGCUGCAGGAAGACACCCCGUCCUUCGACUACGGCGGGUACGUCGUCGGCGAGGAGCCGCGCGAGGCGUUCCUCCUCGGCAAGGGCAAGCAGACCGCCGUCCUCGCCGGCGCGCCCUUCUUCACGGAGGUCUUCGCGCAGCUCGGAUGCGAGGUGGAGUGGCACCUGGAAGAGGGCGUGACGUUCGAGCCCGUGCGGCACGUCGCGACGGUGCGCGGGAAGGCGCGGCACAUCCUGCUCGGCGAGCGCGUCGCGCUGAACAUGCUCGCGCGCUGCAGCGGGAUCGCGACCAAAUCGAAGCGCAUCCUGGACCAGGCGCGGGGGUACGGCUACGAGGGCGUCAUCGCGGGGACGCGCAAGACGACGCCCGGGUUCCGGCUGGUGGAGAAGUACGGCAUGCUCGUGGGCGGGAUCGACCCGCACCGCCACGACCUGUCGAGCAUGAUCAUGCUGAAGGACAACCACAUCUGGUCGUCGGGCUCCAUCACGGCGGCUGUCCAAGCGGCGCGCAAGGUCGGCGGCUUCAGCCUCCUCCUUGAGGUGGAGGUCGGCUCUGAGGCCGAGGCUGACGAGGCGAUCGCCGCGGGCGCGGACAUCAUCAUGCUGGACAAUAUCGAGGGCGCAGAGCUCGUCGGCGUCGCGCGCACGCUCAAGGCGAAGUGGAGCGGCCAGCGCAAGUUCCUCUUCGAGAGCAGCGGGAACAUCACGGAGGCGAACUUGCAGGAGCGAGCUAUCAACGAAAUUGAUAUCCUGAGCACAAGCAGCGUGCACCAGUCGGUGCAGCACAUCGACUUCAGCCUCAAGAUCCAGAAACCAAACUGA